GGCGGCAGAUUCAAAUCGCCCGCUGUAUGGUGUGGGGAGGCAGGCCCUGCGGACGAUCGCGGAAGCCGUGCCUGAGGGAAGUGGGGCUGGCCGCGAAGAUGGCGCUCUCCACCACAGUCUCCAGGCGGAUAAAGCGCAAGGCGCCCCGCGCCUUCCUCAAGCGCACCUUCAAACAGAAGAAGCCGCGCUUCCGUCUGGAGGCGUGCUGCGACCUCCUGAUCCAUUUGAAUUGCCUACUCUUUGUUCAGCGAUUGGCAGAAGAGUCCAGGACAAAUGCUUGUGAAGGAAAAUCUGGAGUUAUCAAAAAGGAUCAUGUACAGGGUGCAGCAAAGGUAAUUCUGAAGAAGAGCAAAGGUUAGGUGUCAACAUGUGCUUAAGAAUUAUAUGAUGUGUUAAUUUAAGUCGUAACAGAUCAUUAAAAACACUUUGUAUGUAUCAGUGUAUAUUGUGGAUUAUUAAACCAUUAUGCUUUUAUUUCUUUUAAGGAA